AUGAAUCCCAAGUACUGUACACUCGAAACCUGCUCUCUCGAGGAUGCAUACAUGCACUACCGGCCCUCCAUCCCCGGCUGCAUCGUCUACAUCGCGCUCUACGGUCUUCUUCUCGUCAUUCAAACCAUUCAAUGUCCGAUAUAUCGCAUGUGGGGAUUCUCAGGAUCCAUGGUGAUAGGCCUCAUCCUGGACAUUAUCGGCUACGUCGCUCGCAUUCUCUUCCACGGCGACCCCUUCAACUUCAACUAUUUCCUAAUGAACCUCAUCUGCCUCGGCCUCGCUCCAAUAUUCUACUGCGCCGCUCUGUACUUCCUCCUGGGUCGUGUUGUGACUGUCUACCGUGGAGAGGACAUCUCGCGCCUGCGACCCCGGAACUACGCCAUCGUCUUUGUCUCUUGCGAUGUCUUUGCUCUGAUCAUGCAAGGUGCUGGCGGUGCUAUUACUUCCACUGCGCCUGAUGACAAUCCCGGUCUGAGAGACACCGGCGUCAACGUUAUGAUUGCCGGGUUGGCAUUCCAGGUCGCCACGCUGACGCUGUUUAUUUCGUUUGCUCUCGAGUUUAUCUAUCGUUUAAUUCGGCGUGAGCGGAGGGCAGGACAGAGUGAUGAGAGUAAGGAUGAAUACGCUGCUCUCCGGGCGAGGAAGACCUGGAAGGGGUUCAUAAUGGCUCUUGUUCUCGCGACAGUGACCGUCUAUAUCCGGUCUAUUUAUCGCGUUGUUGAGUUGAACGGCGGCUUUGACAGUGCGGUGGCCAACGAUGAAGUGGCGUUUAUGGUGUUGGAAGGGGCCAUGGUCUCGAUUACGUGCAUUUGCUUGACGGUCAUGCAUCCAGGGAUGGCUCUGCGGACGCGAGGGUUAAAGGCUUUACUUAACCAGGCCCUGCAUUCUUGGUCUCUUCUAGCUCGUCAAAAUAGGCCUUGA